CGCCCCAGCGCGGACCCUGAGCGCGGUUGGAAAGACGUUAGCGCCCCAGGGUCACGACCCGGCUUGCUGGAAGGAAACUUGGGGACAUCUGUAAGGAGAGGAAUAGGAAGGACCCGAGGAGAUGCAGUAAAGGAGGGCCGUGUGGAUCCUUUGGAGCCAAGGACUGGAGCUGACAUGCAAGACCUCUACCAACUGAGGGUUUCAUGAGCACACUCCUUUGCCAAGACCUUGGUGAAUAGUCUUUAACUGCGCAGUUGUGUCUUAGACAUUGUUUUACUUGUUAUCAUGAUUGUACUUGGCUGGAUGCUUUUUGUUGGACUUGCAUGUUACAUGGGCACAUUUCCGGAGUUCAUGCCUCCAACUCUGAAGUGGAAAGAGAAGUGGUCUAUUCAGGAGGACAAGACACGACUGAGGAGCCAGACCUUGGAUGAAGACCCGCAGCUCUGAGAACCAUGUGGAAGGGAUAUAAGUAUCCCCCAGGAGGGACCCCGGUGGAAAUAAGCAAAGAUGAUCCUGGCGAAGUAAUGCAGCUCUGAAGCUCACCUGGCCGGCUAUACAGCUCCUGUUGUUGGUUUUGCAUAAAGUAAUUGCACAUUA